GCCAUGGCUUUGCUCGGGGUGCCUUGAGCACGCACCGAAAUUUCCGUUCCUGUUUGCAGCAGGCGCAGCUUGCAUUGCCAAAAGAGGCACCUGGAGGGACUGGCGCCUUGAACUCGGCCUGGAUCUCCCCCCUUCCCCCUUUUCUCUCUUUCCCACCCCCCUUUCUUUCUCCUCCUCCCUUGGGCACCUCUGUCCUUUUCUUUUCCUUCCCCCUUCCCCCCUCCCUCCCAACCUCCCCCCCCUCUCUUCCUUGCUUCUCCUAUGGCGGAAACAAAAAUCAUUUAUCAUAUCGACGAAGAGGAGACCCCUUACCUGGUGAAGCUGCCCGUCUCUCCGGAAAAAGUCACUUUGGCCGAUUUUAAAAAUGUCCUCAGCAACCGGCCGGUGCAGAGCUACAAAUUUUUCUUCAAAUCGAUGGACCAGGAUUUUGGGGUGGUGAAGGAAGAGAUUUCUGAUGACAAUGCAAAGCUACCAUGCUUCAAUGGACGUGUUGUGUCCUGGCUGGUCUUGGCCGAAAGCUCCCAUUCGGAUGCGGGUUCACAAUGCACCGAGAGCCACACGGAUCUUCCUCCUCCCCUCGAGAGAACAGGAGGCAUCGGAGACUCCCGACCCCCUUCCUUUCACCCAAAUGCCGCCAGCAGCAGGGAUGGCCUGGACAACGAAACGGGAACGGAGUCGGUUGUCAGUCACCGGCGAGAGCGACAUCGGCGGAGGAACCGAGAAGGCCAUGAGGAUGUUUCCCGUAUCAAUGGGCACCCGAAGCUUGACAGACAUCGUGAGCACCCGCCGGGGUACGACAGUUCAUCUACGAUGAUGAGCAGCGAAUUGGAGUCCAGCAGCUUCAUAGACUCGGACGAUGACGAAAACACAAGCAGGUUGAGUAGCUCUACGGAGCAAAGCACUUCCUCUCGCCUCAUCCGGAAGCACAAACGCCGGCGGAGGAAACAGAAGAUGCGACAGAUUGACAGAUCGUCUUCCUUUAGCAGCAUCACGGAUUCCACCAUGUCUCUGAACAUCAUCACCGUCACUCUCAACAUGGAAAAAUACAACUUCCUUGGUAUCAGCAUCGUAGGGCAAAGCAACGACAGGGGAGACGGGGGGAUCUACAUCGGCUCCAUCAUGAAAGGUGGAGCGGUGGCAGCUGAUGGACGGAUCGAACCAGGGGACAUGCUGUUACAGGUGAACGAGGUCAAUUUUGAGAACAUGAGCAACGAUGAUGCGGUGCGAGUGUUACGGGAAAUUGUCUCCAAGCCAGGGCCCAUCAGCCUAACAGUAGCCAAAUGCUGGGAUCCCACUCCAAGGAGUUAUUUCACAAUCCCCAGGGCUGAACCAGUGCGGCCGAUUGACCCUGCGGCCUGGAUCUCUCAUACCACGGCCCUGACGGGAGCGUACCCCCGUUACGGUAUGAGCCCUUCCAUGAGCACCAUCACCUCUACCAGCUCCUCACUAACAAGCUCAAUUCCCGAUUCGGAAAAACUAGACGAGUCCCCUUUGACCGCUAAGAGCGACAUGGCCACCAUUGUCAAGGUGAUGCAAUUGCCGGAUUCAGGCCUUGAAAUUCGGGACAGGAUGUGGCUAAAAAUCACCAUCUCAAAUGCAGUGAUAGGAGCAGAUGUAGUCGAUUGGCUGUACACGCAUGUGGAGGGCUUUAAAGACCGAAGGGAGGCCCGAAAGUAUGCCAGCAGCAUGUUAAAACAUGGCUACCUCAGGCACACUGUGAACAAAAUCACCUUUUCCGAGCAGUGUUACUAUGUCUUCGGAGAUCUCUGUGGCAAUUUGGCUGCGUUGAAUCUUAACAAUGGUUCCAGCGGGGCUUCGGAUCAAGACACCCUCGGCCCGCUCCCUCACCCGGCCACGUCUUGGCCGUUGGGCCAGGGCUAUCCUUACCAGUACCCCCUUGCCCCUCCAUGUUUCCCACCAGCCUACCAAGACCCAGGCUUCAGCUAUGGGAGCGGCAGCGCCGGAAGCCAGCAAAGUGAAGGAAGCAAAAGCAGCGGCUCUAAUCGAAGCAACAGCGAGACUAGCCGGAGGGCGCUCAACCGAGAGAAGGAUCGCAAGUCAGCUGGCAGCGGCAGCGAGUCGGAUCACACAACUCGGAGCAGGGGUGGGGGUAGCAUCAUGCGGCACGAGCGGCCCUCCAGUCAGCUCAGCCACCGCAGCUAUGUCUCUGCUACCCCCAGCGAGCGUAGCCCCCAAAGUCAACAUUCGUACGGGCCCCCAGGAGUCCCUCCGCUUUACACCCUUCCGAAGCUGGGCUCCAAACUCUACGGGACAAGCGGGCCUCCCGGAGGGCCUCCCAUACGAGAACUCGGCUCUGUUCCUCCUGAGCUGACGGGGAGCCGUCAGUCGUUCCAGAAGGCCAUGGGCAACCCUUGCGAAUUCUUCGUUGAUAUUAUGUGAUCAGAAGUGCCUUCAAAGACUUUGCAACAAGGGUUGAUUUGUUUUCCCACUGGGGUUGUGUUUUCGUUUGCGAAUCAACGUUGGACACUUAGAACAAAUUGGGGGCGGGGGGCGGGGGAGAAAAUAAACAUUUUGACUGUGCUUGCAUGUCACACCUUCCUGAAUCUUGAUUGUGUGUUGCAAACAAACGAGGAAGAGAAAUUCUAGGUUGUUAAAUAUCAACAAAUCCUUGGGAUCUCCCAUAUCCCCCUUCCCCUUAUCUUUGUUUUUCUGACUGUGGUUGGUUGGUGUUCUCUUCACAUAUAAGCUUUGUUCUUAGUGGCAACUCUUCCCAGUGCAAUUAUACUGUGUCCUUCUUGGCUGAAUCAAGGAAUAAUAUUUUGUAUUACACUUUCCUGUCAUGCAUAUUUGCACCUUUUAAAAAAAUGAUUUUUUUCUUUUCCAGCCAAUGUGUUGGCUGCUUCUGGUUUUGUUUUUUGCUAUAAGGACAAUGCUCGCUAGCAGCUGUGAAAUCUAGGGUGUGCCCAAACAGAGGUGCGAGUGCGUUCUUGGAGGCUCUAUCCAGAGGUGAGUCAUUCUGUACCAAGGAUGUUUCCUUUUGCUUAAAUUACUAAGACAACUGCUCUAAGAAGGAAAAAAGUGACUUGAUAGUGGGUGUUGUCUUCCAGGAUAUGUGAUCAUAGCUCACCACCCCGCACUUCAUAAUGGAUUUUUGGUUCUGUACUUGUGGCCAAACAUCAUCUUUGCAUAGGGUUACUGUGGCCCUAUCCAUUCUGCAUGGAAAGAAGCCUCACAGCAGCUGUAGUGUCCACCAGUUUCCAAAAGCUGCUACUGGCAGCCAUAGAGAGAGGUCUCCUGUCCAACUUUCCUUGAUACAGACAAGGAGAAAACUGCUGUUACUCUCAACACGUUUGCCAUAGAAGCAAAGAAAUACCUGACCCUCUUUCUUCCUUUCCCUGGCAUUGCUUGGCUUUUUAGACACUGCCAGUGGGAACAGCCAGAAUGAAGAACUACAAUAUCUGUAUCUGAAGAAGGGCAAAUAUUCUGAAUAGUUCACCACUCAUUGCAGACCAACUAUUUUCAUGAGAUUAAUAGGAAAUUGUAGUAGCCAAACAGCAGAUGAGGCUAGGGGUGCACAGAAAUGCACAAUUACUUUGCAGGCGACCAUGUGACUUAUUAAAGAGAAUGUCCAAGUACCUCCAACUGGGUGGUUUCCAGUUGAAUUUUGGAGUGGCGUCUCUUGCACCCUGCAGUGGGUACAAAUACGUUGUGAAUGUGCAAAACAUUGGCUGACUUUUAACGCACUUUUGGUGCCAUGAAAACACAAACCACCUUCAGCCAUGAAGUGAGCGGUGGAAGAGGGGGAAGAAAUCCAUAAAUUUCUGGAGAGUGGAGCCAAGGCUGGGCAAGUGGUUAUUGCAUAAGGCCCCUGGAGAAAUGUCUGUAAUGGUUUGCGCAAACAGUUUUGUGAUUCUUUUUUUAGUUAGAGGAAAGAUGGGCACACACACAAAUGCACGCAUGGGGGCUGCUUAAAAAAAAGGACAGGCCAUCGAAAGAACAAGGGAGGGUCCGAAAUGGAAAGCUUGGUUCUGCAUUUGAUUUGCAGGAUAUGUACAUGUGUAAGCUAAAGGAAGCUUGGCUUGUGCCACAGGUAAAGAACUCUCUGUCCAGAAUGUUAUGUCUUGGCAUGAACGCUUCUGAACUGAUGAAUCCUUCCAUCAAAAGCCCCGUGCAAUUUUUCAUUCGAUUUAUAUACUGCCCUUCAGGACAACUUAAUGCCCACUCAGCAGUUUACAAAGUAUGCCAUUAUUAUCCCCACAACAAAACACCCUGUGAGGUGGGUGGGGCUGAGAGAGCUCUGAGAGAGCUGUGACUGACCCAAGGUCACCCAGCUGGCUUCAAGCGAAGGAGUGGGGAAUCAAACCUGGUUCUCCAGAUUAGAAUCCUGCCACUCUUAACCACCGAACUGCCCAUCAGUUAGACAUUCAUGCACCACGCUAGAUGUGAGUUUGCACGUUACCCAAACCAGGUUCUCCCACAAGUUUUUCUGAGCUUAAUAGCAAUUGGGGGGGGGGCAGUGUCUGGCUUCAGAGGGAGGAUUUUAAAAAUUCUUUCUACCUAUGCCUAUUUGCCUGACCAUAGUCACCUUCCAGUCCAAGAGCUGCAUUUGACCCUUGGGGGAGGGGACAUAAGCACUUGGUGGCUUCCUGCUCCAUAAAGCCAAUAACAGCUCCAAAGAGAAGUAUGGAAGUUGAGAAAACGACACGCAGGAGGGGGAAAGGUGUAAAUUAUUCCCUAAUUGCCUUCUCUGUUCCCCCAGACGACAAACCACAAGAGCGAGCUGAUGACACACGUCCUUUUAUGCCCUGAGCUGCAGGAUUCCCAGUGUAUUCCUGUGCCAUUAGUGAGGGGCUCGCUGGGCUCUUUUGAGAGCUUUGUAUACGCCAUGCCAGGAUAUCACAUGCCGCACGCUGAAGGGUUCAGUUUUACCACAAGCACCAGAGCCUUUGCAGUCCUGCUGCACCUAGAAGUUCCAUCAAACCCACCCUUCCAGCUAGUGGAAGAUUGGACUGGCCCCUUGGCAAGCUCUACUCUAUGUUUUUCCUCGAGCAAGCCAUGAGCAUAAGCAAAGAUUGCGAGUUCUUGUGUGUUGCAGAAGUCAGGAUUGGUGUCAAGCAAAGCUGGAUUUUUGUGAUGGGGUUUUCAUAUUGUGCAUGGCUUAUUUUGGUUUCGGCAGACCGGGAAAAUGGGGGCGAGGAACUAUCGGAACAUUGAAGCUCCUCUUCCUAAGCACGAAAAGCACAACUUGUUUUUUAAAAAUUGCUGUGUGUGACCACUUGUGUAUUAUUACAGAGGUUAAACCUCUGAGUAAAUGGCCAGAGAUGUGAUAUGGCCUGAACACUAAGGUGCCGUAGUGCGUAAUCUGCCAUCUGGAUCAGGUGUAACAUCACAGAACUGUCAGCCGUGCCGUUACCAUGUUAUCAGAUGCAAAAUGUCAGAGAACAUGCGACCGUCUUUGCCUUUGAAUAGAGCAGCAGCCUGGCUGUUGAUCCCUUUACUCAUGAGUAGGAAUAGCUCUCCAAGGCUUUCCCCAAUACCUAUCUGCGAUCUAGGGAUUGCACCUGGAACCGUCUGCAUGCAACACACGUGAUCUGCCACUGAACCAUUCUGCUCAUACAAUUAUGUGUGUACAUAGCUUGUUUUCCCGCACCGGUGAAGGAAAACAGUCUUGUGCGAAGUAGACCCGUGGCUGAAUGCUGAAAACUAAAAAGUUGGCAUGGCACUUCCUUGAUACCUGAGAAAUACACCUGUAAUUGCUUAUAGAAUGGAUUUUCUGUACUUUCUCAAAUUCAUGCAAAAUGAAGGUAUUGCAUUGUGGUUGCAGUUAUUUUAUCACCUGAGCAAUGCAGUCUUAAGAAUGUACGUAUGUGAAUUCAAUCGGAUGUAUUCCCUGGUAAGUGUGCUUAGGACUGAAGACAGAUGUAACAUUUUAAGGGUGAAGACAGAUGUAACUAUUUUAGUGUGUGGCAAAUGGAUUUAAACCAAUGCUUAUUGAGACAGAUAUCUCAGAGGAAUGUAGCAAUUAUGCAUUCCAACUUCUUUCAUCACAUUUAAAAUAUUAUGUCUGUCUUCCUCUUUGAAACAUUAUUUCUGCCUUCUCUGAUAAAAGGCUCUCUCUGUUCACCAUUUUCUUUCAAAGCGACCUGUUCCUUUAUAUGAUUAAUCACUGUAUAUGAUUCGAACAGCCCACACCAAUGGAUUAGCAGUUGACCUUUUUGACUUGUUGGGAUUCUUCUGGUUGCUUUGUUUAAACAACAGGUCCCAUAUUGCCACUGACAAAACGCUGAGCUGUUUUCUGUCUUAUCAAUUGCAUUUAACUGGAUUGUAACGAAUGACUUCAAAAGAAUGAUUAAUUCUAAUCAGUGAUUAGAAAGAUGUGUAAAGAAUUUAUGUACAGUAGAGAAGAGGAAGAGUCAAAAGAUUUUAAUUAAUGGGAGGGGAAUAUCUUUGCCCCCCUUUCCCUCUAUUGGGCAACAAGCCUAGAACUUGUUCGACUCCAGGAUUGGACUUCUUAGUGGCGUGAACCGCACUGUUCCCCAUUUUAAAUGUCUAUUCCAUAAUUGAAUUUUUUUUGUAGAUACUGUAUUAAAAACUCAAGUGUCUGUAUAGUUAAUAUAUAGCUGUUUAUGUGUAAAUGCUAUUUUAAACACUAAAAAAAACUUUUAAUUUUA